AACACACACACACACUCUCUUAAUCUCGUCCUGAUCGAUCGGACUGAUCGGUCCUUCUGGUCGUCUUCGUGUCCGUGAGUCUUUCUGUCGGUGUCGGUCCGGUCGGAUCUGGUUCGUUCUGGUUCCGGCUGCUUCCGUAACUUUUGGGACUCGGUGUGGAGCUCGGGUGUGUUAGCUUCACCAUCGAGCUACAGAACCGAUCACAGAACCGAACACUUCCACGUCAGAGUCGCUGCUUCAGUCCGGAACCUGCGGCUGCUCUCCGGACCAACGGUUCGGUCCGCUCGAGGCUCCUCAGCCGGUCCGGUUCUGUAGCAGGGCAGCUAGGCUAACUAGCUAACUAUUAGCCUCAGCUAGCAGCUAGCAGUUAGCCUCGGCAUGCCGGCGAUGCUGGACCGAACCUCGGAGGCUCCGGGGAAGCGCAGAGGAAGAGCCCCGGCGGGCAGCAGCAGCAGCGGGCCCGGAGCAGCAGCGAAUCCCGGCGGGAAGACUCUGUCCGGGAAUGGAACCAGCUGCUGGGAAGACGGAAGUUCAGGAUCUAGCAGCGACGAGGAGCAUGGUGGAGGAGGGAUGCGGGUCGGACCGCAGUACCAGGCCGUGGUUCCGGACUUUGACCCGGAAGUGGCUCAGGCAGCCCAGCUCAGAGAAAACCUUGGCAUGUUGGUUUGGAUCCCCAGCAGAUGUCUGAACCAGAACCAGCUGGACGAAUACAUUGCCAUCGCCAAAGAGAAACACGGCUACAACAUGGAGCAGGCUCUGGGGAUGCUCUUCUGGCACAAACACAACAUUGAGAAGUCUCUGGCAGACCUUCCAAACUUCACUCCGUUUCCUGACGAGUGGACGGUGGAGGACAGAGUCCUGUUUGAACAGGCCUUCAGUUUCCACGGGAAGAGCUUCCAUCGCAUCCAGCAGAUGUUACCAGAUAAGUCGAUGGCCAGUCUGGUUCGGUUUUAUUACUCAUGGAAGAAAAGUCGCAGUAAAACCAGUCUGAUGGACCGACAGACACGAAAACAUAAGAGAGAGAGAGGAGACAGUGACGAUGAAGUUGAGGACGGAAACGUAAAUCCCAGUGACUCAGAGUUUGACCCAAAUAAAGAGGAAAAGAAGGAGGUGAGUUCUGGAUCAGAGAGGUCAGAGGCCAAACCAGCUGCUGGACUGAAGACAGGCAGUAAGGCGUCCCAGCGGCUGAAGAAGCGUCCUCCCAGAGGAAUGUUUCUGAAUCAGCAGGAUGUCGUCUCACUGUCGACGUCGUCUCCUCAAGGAUUCAUCAGACAGCUGGACUGUCAGCUAGUGUCCAUCAAGAGACAGAUACAGACCAUUAAACAGUCAAACAGCUGUCUGAAGGAAAAAAUCAGUUCAGGAGUUGACGAGUUCAGACAACCUGAGAUGAAUCAGAAGUUUAACACUCGUUGGACCACAGAGGAGCAGCUACUUGCAGUACAAGCCAUCAGGAAGUAUGGGCGGGACUUCCAGGCGAUCUCAGAUGUGAUUGGUAACAAGUCAGUGGUUCAGGUGAAAAACUUCCUGGUGAAUUACAGACGGAGGUUUAACCUGGAUGAGGUUCUUCAAGAGUGGGAGGCUGAACAUGGGAUGGAGGGGGGAGAUGAGGGAGGAGGGGAGGACGACAAGAUGGAGGACAAGAUGGAGGACAAGAUGGAGGUGUGUCCUCCUGAGGAGGAGGAGGAGGCCGUGACUAAGGAGACGAAGGAGGACUCGUCCUCUCCAGUGGACUCACAGAAGGCACCGCCCUCCUGAGACCAUGUGACCUCUGACUCCGCUCCUCACGUUUUAUGACGUCAUGUCGUCGUGUGUGUUAUGUUAUUUGAUCAGUUCCUAUGUUGGACUCUUAUCAGUUGAUCCGGUGUGAGGUUUGUCUCUUGUCACUACUCUCUCUGGACCAAUCAGAAGUCAGACCUGGCAUGUCAAUCAAAGUGGACCUGUUUUUUUCUGAUUUUUAUUUGACAAAAUUGUUUAAUGUGUGUGUGUGUGUGUGUGUGUGUGUGUGUGUGUGUGUGUGUGUGUGUGUGUGUGUGUGUGUGUGUGUGUGUGCGCAGGCACAUUUGUGUUUGUGGGGCACCAGCCAUGUUGGAUGAUGUCACUCAGGUGAUGAUGUCAUCCUGUUUUGGUGAUUGGAGUGUCAAUAAAACCAAAGGUUAUUAAUAAA